AUGAUUCAUGUAGCGAAUUUGAAGAUUAUGACAGUAUUUAUGAUGGAAUCCUGGAUGAAAUUGAGAUCUGGGAAGAAGAAAUGCGAAUUUUGAAGGGAGGACGGAAUGAAAGAUGAGGAAAUUGAUGAAGAGUAUUUGGAAGAAGAUGGGGAUUACGAAGAAGAAUUAGGAGAAGAAAAUGAAUGGGAGGAGAAGAUAAGGACCACAAUUGCACGGCAGCUCGGAGAAAUCUUGGAUAGUGGAGAGUUAAUGGCAGCCGCAGGACUAAGGUCAACAUCGAUCGAAAUAGAAGCCCAAAAAGCCCAAAAACCCAAAAAAACCCAAAAAAGCCCAAAAAGUCCAGAAUGCCAAAAAGCCCAAAAAAGUCCAAAAAACCCAAAAAACCCUAAAAGCCCAAAAAGCCCAAGAAGCCCAAGACCAAAAGUCCAAAACCCUCAGAAAAUACCAAAAACUCAAAAAAUCAAAAAUUCUAAAACAGCAAAGGUGAUGAAACUGAUAAAGUUUAUGAAACUGAUGAAGCUGAUGAAACAAAUGAAAUCGGUGAAACUGAUGAAGCUGAUGAAACUGAUGAAGCUGAUGAAACAGAUGAAAUCGUGAAAACUGAUGAAGCUGAUGAAACGGAUGAAAUUGGCGAAAGUGAUGAGGCUCAGGAAGUUGAAGAAGGCUACAGAGAAAGUUGGAAGUGGAGAAAGAAGUGGAUCAUAA